CAAGUCUGUUCUCUUCCCCCGCAGCCUGACUGCUUUAACUGCCACAUCCGCAAGGCUCGGCUGCCCUCCACCCAAAUGAUAUUUCGCCUUGCGUACUACCGUGAAUUCUUGGAAUGCCGGGGUGUCUUCAGCCCAUUUCACAGCUAUACGCGAUCUUACUUGAAGCCCUGACAUUUAAACGGGAAUCUAAUAGCGAUCCCAGCCAAGCACUGCUGACCCAAGAUCCAAUCAUUCAGGAGGUACUGGAGCUAACUGAAGGUGAGAUUUCAAUGGCAAAGGACCCGAGCCGGAGGAAAGCUCCUCGGAAAAAGCGAUUUGCACAGACCAAUGGGGAACAUUAUCAUCACUUGGAUGCCCUAAACUUCAGGAAGUCCCUUUCGCAAUGGGACAAGGUCAGAGGUUGGCUAUGUCCUGGUAGGAACACCCAGCGGCGACAAACUGAAGCGGAGCAUUGGAUCGGGAAUAUUGGGGAUGGAGAACACAUUUGGGGUAAUAGUGCAGGGAUCAUAGCCCAAAAAUAUGGGGAGAUCUGCAGAAUCACGGGCUCUGGCGCCUUCGGAGUGGUCCUGGUCCUGCAUAAGACACGGAUUUGUAACCACCCCAUUGACCGCUACUAUGCCUUGAAGGUCUUUCGUCACAAACCCGGUCAACCGUUGGCGGAGUAUCAAAAGCGAGUGAGCGCGGAAUUCUCGAUUGCUUCCUCAUUACAGCACCGGAAUAUUGUGCAAGCGUUCGAACUCCUCCCCAUUGGUACUGAUAACCUGUGUGAAUGUAUGGAGUAUUGUUCUGGUGGAGAUUUAUAUUCUCUCCUGGUUGUUUCUGGCCCCUUAGAGACGGCCGAGGCAGAUUGCUUCUUCAAGCAGCUCAUCCACGGUAUCUGCUACAUGCAUGAAAUGGGUGUCGCUCACCGUGAUCUGAAGCCGGAGAAUCUUCUCCUAAGUCGGCGUGGCUGUUUGAAAAUUUCUGACUUCGGUAACGCGGAAUGUUUCCGGUUCGCGUGGGAAAAUCAAAUACAUAUGUCGAGGCAGCGCUGCGGCACCGGGCCAUAUAUUUCUCCCGAACAAUACCACGACGAAGAGUUUGAUCCUCGAUCCGUUGAUAUCUGGUCGGCCGGUAUUGUUUAUGUAGCUAUGAGGACGGGGAGGAAUCCGUGGAAGACCGCAAAUGAGACAGAUGAAUGUUUUAGGGACUAUCUCGAAGACCGCCGGGUAGGUCUAGGGUACUUCUUGAUUGAAGAUAUAGGCCAUGUCAGGUUAUCCACCACCCCUUUCGUGAUAUUUCCAGACCGUUAAUUCUACAGAUACAGGAGCGAAGCCGGGAAGUUCUAUACUCUACGCUAGAUC